UGGUAUAUGGUUUGGCUACAGAUGGAAGUAGUGACAAGGACGAUAAAUUUUUACCAGUUUUAGUAAGACAUGUUGGACAGGCGUCUGGUUUGAUUGAGACUUCAUUACUUGAUAUGCCAAACAUCAACAGUGGGUCUACCGCUCAGCAGAUGUAUGAUGUUUGCAACGAGGUAAUGGAAAGCUUUUCAUUAGAUUGGCACAAUUGCAUCACAUAUUCAUCGGACAACACCAACUCAAUGGUUGGAGCUCAUAACAGUCUCCUGAAGAAAAUAAAAGACUCCCAGGGUGACCAAAAAGUUUUUGAUGUGGGAUGCCCAUGUCACUUAGCUCAUUUGUGUGCUGGAAAAGGAGCUAAAGAACUUUCGGUCAAUAUCGAAGAUUUUGUUAUUGACAUUUACUAUCAUUUUCGACGAAGUGUUAAGCGUAAAGCACAGUUGAGGGAUUUCAUGGAAUUUAAUAACAACGUAGUGAGAAAAGUAAUAAAGCAUGUGUCUACAAGAUGGCGCUAAGUCUUGGCAAAUGUCUUGAAAGAACCCUGAAGCAAUGGGACUCCUUGGAAUAUAUUUUCUUUCUUAUUUCGACUUAGAAGAUGAUCCUGAAGAUCAAACUGACGAGACGGGCAACAGAGAAAAGAGACUAGUGAAAGCAUUCAAAAAUACAAUCACAAAAUUGUAUGCGAUGUUUGUCCAGUCCGUAAUUCCAAUCUUUGACAGCUUUAACACCUUCCUUAAUCAGAGGAACCACUGAUACAUGUUUUACAUCAAUCUGCCAUUCGGUUAUACCGUUCAUUACUGACACGAUUCAUUUGUGCUGAAGUAAUUUCAUCUUCAGAAGAUGUACUUAGUAUUGAUCUUGAUAACCCUGAUUUUGCGAAGGGUGACAACCAGAUAUCCAUUGGAGCUAUGACCAAGCAGUAUGCACGAGAUAAUGAUAUCAUUGGCACCAGUCAAUAUAAGAAAUUCCUGAAAGAAUGCAAGAAAUUCUACAUGACAUGUGCCAAGUACUUGCAAAAAUCAAUGCCAGUAUUACAUGAUGAAGUGAUCAAAUCAUUGACUUUUUUAAGACUUCCUGAAAGACACCAAGCAUCAACUGAUGAUUUAGAAGUGAUCAUCGAUAGAUUUCCUAAUGUCAUCAAUUCAGAUGAUCUAAAUGAUCUUGAGGCUGAAUUUCUUGAUUAUCAAGCUGCACCUAACACAGAACUUCCAGCUUACUUUGAUGAGGAUGACAAACCAAUUCGUAUCGACCAGGUUUGGCAUAAAAUUUCAUUGCUCAAUGAUGCCUUUUCAGGUCUACCACGCUUCAACCACCUUGCUAAGCUGGCUAAAGUCCUACUCCUGAUUCCCCAUAGUAAUGCCUACUGUGAGAGUGUUUUUAGCACCAUCAGGAAAAUUUGUACAACUGGUAGGCACAACCUUGGAAAGGAUGCUGCUAAAGGCCAUGCCUCAACUAGUGUAUACAAAGACACCACAUCAAUCAGAAAUAACCUACUUGGUAUUUUAAUUACAAAGAUAAACAUAUUUGGAAGACGUAAAAUUCAAUGCUAUGAAUGGGAACCACCAAAACAAGUCAUUAGCCAUGCUAAGUCUGUGACAUACACCAAUUUGAAAGCUCGAAGAGAUGCUGCCAAUGAUCAAAUAGAGUAA